CAAAAUGGACUACAACUGUUACUCACGAAUAAUAAACAAUCGUUGAGAAAUUGUGAGUUCUACCUUUUAAGUUGUUUAUUUUUUUUACUAAUUAAAUCUAUAAUGACAUACAUUCGUUCUUUUACAUGUAACGAUUUGUUUCAUUUCAACAAUGUGAAUUUAGAUCCUUUGACAGAGACAUAUGGACUUUCAUUCUAUUUACAAUACUUAGCUCAUUGGCCUGAAUAUUUUCAAGUUGCUGAAUCCCCAAAUGGAAACAUCAUGGGUUAUAUUAUGGGGAAGGCUGAAGGUCAUGGGGAAAACUGGCAUGGGCACGUAACCGCCCUGUCAGUCGCACCUGAAUACAGAAGAUUGGGACUAGCAGCUUCUCUCAUGGCGUCCCUCGAAGAUAUCUCCGAAAAGAAAAAGGCUUAUUUUGUGGAUCUCUUCGUUCGAGUGUCUAAUAAAGUAGCUGUAGAUAUGUACAAGCAACUUGGUUACAGUGUUUAUAGAAGAGUGUUAGAAUAUUAUUCGGGAGAUCCUGAUGAAGAUGCUUUUGAUAUGCGAAAAGCCUUGUCUAGAGAUGUAAAUAAGAAAUCUAUCGUUCCUCAGACACAUCCUGUGAGACCUGAAGACAUAGAAUGAAGUUAAUUUUUUUCCCUUGCUGCUCCAUUACUCAUGUCAUAGUUUGUAUCAAACUAUUCUAAUGCAGCUUUUCAAAAGUAUAUCAAUUACUCAAACUGCAAUAAAAAUGAAUUGAUAAA